ACUGCGGGCCAAUCAGAGGCACCGGAUAUCAGCAGACGGCUGACCCAUAUAAAAAGGAGGACGUGCUGCUGCAUAUGCCCAAACAACCUCUGCAUUGCAUCUACAUUGUGCUGCCAUUGCUACUCCUGUACCAGCCAUGUCUCCACAGGCAGACUUUGACAAGGCUGCUGAAGAUGUAAAGAAGUUGAAAACAAGGCCAACUGAUGAUGAACUGAAGGAGCUAUAUGGGCUUUACAAACAAUCUACUGUUGGAGAUAUAAAUAUAGACUGCCCAGGAAUGCUAGAGCUCAAGGCAAAAGCAAAAUGGGAAGCAUGGAAUUCAAAAAAGGGUUUGUCAAAAGAAGACGCAAUGCAUGACUACACCUCUAAAGCCAAUGAGCUGAUUGAGAAAUAUGGCCUGUAACGUUUCUUCCACAUUGAGAAAAGAACGGGAUGUGUAACUGUAGAUUUCUGCUGACGCUACUAUAAUCAACUGUAGGUUUGUACAAAGUAAAGGGGGUUCAGUAAACCUUAGGCAUGUUUGUCCCGGCUAUAGAACUGUUUUCAUCCUGUUUCCUGCACUGACCUAUUAAACUGUUUUACAAAUCAA